CUGUCCCUCUGAGCUUCUGGGGCGCCACCACUACUGUCCCCAGCCCGCUUCGCCAGACGGAUCUAAAGGCAGCUUGACUCACGGCUCUGCCACCAGCCCACAGCUUGCGCGAGGCUAUAAAACGGGCCACUGCGGAAGGAGGCCCAGUGCUGCCUCACGUUGUCCAGCCUGAGCACGCAGACAUGACCUCAGCCGCAGAGCGAGGCCAAGGGGCUACAGGCUGGGGGCUGCGCGGCGCCCUGGUGGCCGUAGCGCUACUGUCCGCGCUGAACGCCGCGGGCACCGUGUUCGUGCUGUGCCAGUGGCGCGGGCUGAGCGCGGCGCUGCGGGCGCUGGAGGCGCAAUGCGGCCAGGAGCAGCGCGAAGACAGCGCCCUACGCGCCUUUCUGGCAGAAUUGAGUCGUGCACCGGGCCGGGUCCUUGAACCACCCCAAGACCCCACAAGCGCAGCGCGCAACAAGCGCAGCCACAGCGGAGAGCCUGCGCCACACAUCCGCGCCGAGAGCCAGGACAUGAUGAUGAUGAUGACCUACUCCAUGGUGCCGAUUCGCGUGAUUGUGGAGCUGUGCAACAGUACCAAGGGCAUCUGCCUUACAGGCCCACCUGGCCCACCAGGACCCCCAGGAGCUGGUGGGUUACCCGGCCACAACGGAUCAGAUGGACAGCCUGGUCUCCAGGGCCCAAAAGGAGAAAAAGGAGCCAAUGGGAAGAGAGGAAAAAUGGGGUUACCUGGAGCCACAGGAAAUCCAGGGGAGAAAGGGGAGAAGGGGGAUGCUGGUGAACUGGGCUCCCCUGGAAAUGAGGGCCCAGCAGGGCAGAAGGGGGAAAAGGGAGACAAAGGAGAUGUGUCCAAUGACGUGCUUCUGACAGGUGCCAAAGGUGACCAAGGCCCCCCUGGCCCCCCUGGCCCCCCAGGGCCUCCAGGACCUCCUGGAAGCAGAAGAUCCAAAGGCUCUCGGCAGCAAAACAUGUUCAACAGCCAGUGUCCAGGUGAGCCGUGUGUCAUACCAAAUGAUGAUACCUUGGUGGGGAAAGCUGAUGAGCAAGUAAAUGAACACCAUUCUCCACAAACAGAAUCCAUGAUCUCUUCCAUUGGAACUCCAACCCAAGUACUAAAAGUUAGAGAGACUUUUGGGACUUGGAUAAGAGAGUCUGCUAACAAGAGUGAUGACCGUAUUUGGAUGACGGAACAUUUUUCAGGCAUCAUGGUGAAGGAGUUCAAGGACCUGCCAGCACUCCUCAACAGCAGUUUUACCCUCACUCACCUCCCGCAUUAUUUCCAUGGCUGCGGGCAUGCCGUUUACAAUAACUCUCUCUACUACCACAAAGGAGGCUCCAACACCAUCGUGAGAUUUGAAUUUGGCAAAGAAACACCUCAAACUCUGAAGCUUGAAAAUGCUUUGUACUUUGAUCGAAAAUACCUUUUUGCAAACUCCAAGACUUACUUCAACAUAGCAGUGGACGAGAAGGGCCUCUGGAUCAUCUACGCUUCGAGCGUGGAUGGCUCCAGCAUCCUUGUAGCACAGCUGGACGAGAGGACAUUCUCUGUGUUGCAGCACAUCAAUACCACGUACCCCAAAUCCAAGGCAGGCAACGCCUUCAUAGCUCGGGGAAUCCUCUACGUCACCGACACCAAAGAUACGAGGAUCACGUUUGCCUUUGAUCUGUUAGGGGGGAAACAGAUCAACGCAAACUUUGAUUUCAGGAUGUCGCAGUCUGUUCUUGCCAUGCUAUCAUACAAUAUGAGAGAUCAGCAUUUAUAUUCCUGGGAAGAUGGCCACCUGAUGCUUUACCCUGUGCGGUUUUUGUCAGCCGCAUCAAGCCAGCGAUAGGCUGCCCGUCUGUUCCUUCACUAUGCUCCACACGUUUCCUAGGGCUUGUGCAAGGCCAGCAGA